GACUUUUUAUUUUGAGGAUCCCCGCGAGAAAGGAAUUCUUUCUCCAGCAACAUAUUUUUUCAGCACAAUUAUACGGCCAAGUCUCGAAACAUAGAUAUGGAGAACUCGGAAGUGCAUGAUAGUGCGAAAGCAUCGGCUACAGACAAUAUUGCUCAACAAAAACAAGACAUUGAAACAAAACCUAGCCAAGAACUUGCGACAGAGAUCAACGAGACUUCCCAAGAUACCCCCAUGGAGAACGCAAAUGAUACAGCAGUCGCAGAUGUGCCAGCAAGUCCACCUCUUACUCAUGCUUUAGAAGCUCUACUAGGCGGCCUUGAUCCCCCUCCUCCUGUCGUGGAAGACAUUCCUGCUCCAUCUCAGAAUUUCUCUGGUACUGGACCAGUACCAGCCCAGGAGACUGCUGCGAAGAAUGAGCCUACCGUGCAGCAAAAUGAUGCGGUGCCUUCGACCCAAGAAACCGAACUCAUUUCUCCGAAAUCGAAUGUUCUCCCUGAUGUCCAGAAUACCAAUCUUGUUGCCGCUGAACAGACCGCUACCCCACAGAACGUUUCGGCCAGCGAAGACAUCAAGAUCGACAAUGCACAAAUUCCUGGACCUGAACAGGAAAGCGCCUCAGCUACAGCACAUCCUGCCAUCCCUGGCCUGUUCUUGGGGAAUAGUGCUGCUCAACCUGUACCACUGCCCGCCCAAAGUGAAGUAAGACCUGACGGCCCAGGGAAUGCGGUGUCUAGAGGAGAUAUCCAAAUGGGAAACAUUGCGCCGGAAGACGAUACACCUAUGGGAGAGAAUGCAGAGGAAGAAGAACAUCCAGAAUGGGAAAUCGACUCAUCCCCAAUCGAGUCCUCAUCCGACGAUUCUUCAAGCGACGACUCAUCCGAUGACGAUAGUGAAGAUGGCGAUAAUGCAUACAAGCUAUUGAGCCCUGAGGAACAAGCUCGCAUAUUGAUGGAAGGAGAUGGAGGCUCGGACGACGAAGGAGGUGGAAAAGCCAAAGGACCCGGAACUCAACUGCGAACCAAGAAUGAAGUGCCAGAUGUUAUUGUACCAAAACCCGAUGUCACCAUUACCGCGGAUAUGCCAAUCACAGAAGUUGGAAACGUCGAACAUAUUGUCGAGAAUGUCCUGGUUAUCAAGGCGAAGACUUCUGGCGAGAACAGAGCGUUGGAGAGUGGGUCUGUGCUAUGCUUAGAAGAUAGAAGUGUAAUUGGAGUUGUCGCGGAAAUUCUUGGACCUGUACAGAAACCAUUGUAUUCGGUCAUGUUCACGAACGCUGGAGAGAUCGCGGAGGCAGGACUAUCACUGGGUACCAAAGUGUUCUACUCGGAAAAGCACUCGACGUUUGUUUUCACUCAAGCACUGAAAGCCUACAAGGGAUCUGACGCUUCCAAUCUCCACGAUGAAGAAGUCGGAGACGAAGAGAUGGAAUUUUCCGAUGACGAGGCUGAAGCAGAGCACAAGCGAAGAGUCAAACAAAAGAGGAUGGAACGACGAGGCGGCAAGAUGCAGAAUGGAGGCUCUGGCCGUGGUGGACAUCCAUUACAGCAGCAACAUACUCCACAUGACUCUAGCAGACCAAUGAACUACGACGAUAAUGAAGAAGACGGGCCCUACAGACCAUUGGCUCGGCCAGCUGGAUUUGAAAAUGCUGUUGGGCAUGGCGAAGCUCCUCAAGAAGGUCCCUACACCGGUAACUACGAAAGAACAAAUCGGGAUCAAUUCAGAGGUAGAGGCAGAGGUGGUGAUCGGGGAAGAGGCGAUCGAGGUAGAGGCAGGGGCCGUGGCGAUCGUGGACGAGGUCGAGGUGGAUAUGAAGAUCGUCGAGGCAGCGGUCAUUCUCUUCCACCACGCCCACAAAGCUACUCUCAACCUCCCAGUGCCUACCCGCCAGGCCAAUACCAACAGCCAGCUCAAGGAAGGGAAUUCUCGCAAGCACCACCCGCCCCUCCAGCUGUGCCGAACUUCUUCAUGCCGCCAGCCGCCUAUUCUCCUCAACAACCUCAGAUGGCUUGGCCACAGUUCCCGCCUCAGUUUCAGCAGCCAUUCUCAAAUGCACAGAACCCAUGGCAGCCACCUCCUGGGACUUCACCGUAUGGAGCCCCUGCUCCCGGAGGAGCUUUCAUAAAUCCCGCAUUCCUGCCCGGUCAGUGGAAUAAUCAGAACAGUCAGAAUGGUGGAGCAGGCGGUAAGUAAUGAUUUUGGACGUUUGUAGGAUUAGAUCGGUUGGAUCACAAGUUGGAUAUUGUAAAAGUAUAUGAUACCCUGCAUAAUGAAUGACGAGUUUUGCUCCGUUUGCUGUCACUUUUGAUGACCAGAACAAACGGCUCAAGCGAGCUCGUAAGGCCAGAGGCUGGCUACACCAAACUUGGGUGCUUCCGUGUGGCGACAAGCAGCUGGAUCUAGUACUUCUUUAUUUGAUUAUUUUUCCGGCUUCGAACGUCGCUUCGGCCUUUCUUUGUGAUCUGUUCAAGAAGAUCAAAAACUUGUCAUAUUUUCUUCGGAAAUAUGCAUAAUUCAAAACAAACUGGAUGCCUUUUCCAAUCGAGCUGUUGACUUACUCCCGUGGCUUUCCACAUCGGCAACGAAGACAGUAACACGAGUGUUGUUGACUAGCUGAUUCACGGUCGAAAGGUAUGGAAUUCUCGUACCACGUUUUCCGCUUCGAGCGACAAGCGUUCUGUCGCUUCCCGACGAGUAGCGGUGCACACUCUAUGAUCCAUACGCAUUUCUACUCGAUGGUGGAGAUCUGCGAUGAAUCGCAAGUACCUGGGAUACCGGCAAGUGCGGUGAGGAGCUGGACGGAUGCUGUUCCUCAGCGUGAGGAGAUGAUUGGUGGCAGCAUGUUUAAGCUACGUUGCACAAAGAGAUGCCAUGUAUUCGAUCCACGGUAUCCUCACCUUGGUGUAUGGAUCUCGCGAGCAAGUACUGGCUGAGCUGAGAAGAGAAAAUGGCUCAGUCUCGGUUAUGUGCAUAUUAUCAGACGCCCUCGCUUAGCCGCACGGCACAAGUCAACAUCGGUGAGACGGUGAGGCAAAAUAUCUCUGCUGGCUAUGAUUCGUCGCUUACUCCUCUCCUCUCCCCUCCAAAUUCAACUUAUAACCCUCUUCCUCGCCCUCCAUUCCAUCAGCAAUCAAAUUCCUAUCACCAUCGUCCACGGUCGGGAGGGACCGUUUCUGGUAUAUUUCUGUCAGUAUUAUCAUUGUGUCAUUGAUGGUAAUACCAAUCUACCAGAAACGGUCCCUACGCUAUCCUUGGAUAAGGUCCAUAGCAUCAUAUCCGGCAGUGUCUUCUUUGAAGCCAAGAUAUGAUGAUCGUGAAGUGGGUGGUAUGGCGCAGAAGCUACGGCAGCGCGGAAACCGAGAGGAUGGGCUGGACAAGAUACGAAGAGCCGAAACAAGAAGAUGAGAUUUUGCAAUCACAACAGACAGGCGCUGGAGCUCCGAACCCCUGACGGUGAUAUUGAUUUGCUCAUUGUGUAUCACCGGAUGAGCAAGGAAUUCAAGAAAUACACGGCGCAUUUGGAGAAUAUACAGCCUGCGACAGGCUCCUGGGGGAUGGAGACGCAGAUUUCGUGUUCAGCUGCGUCCGCAAAGACCACAGCGGUUGAAUUAUCGCACACAGGGAGGAGAAUAUGCAGGAAGAGGAGGAAAUCGCUUCUGCAGCCAGUAUACUUCUGAGUCUAUCUCCCGGGAGGGGGAAGAUGGCAGAUAUGGGAAGCAGCUGGCAUACUCAUGAGGAUAUAUGCACACGGGAAGGAGGACAAGCAACCAGAAUCUUCGGAUGAUGCUACAUUAGUCAACAUCCACGGUGAUGAUGUGGCGUUCGUCCUUUUUUCCGCUUGCAACAACAGCGAUCACAACAGCGCCGCCGAUACUUCCAACACCACUCCAUCACACCCUAUUACCAUCACGCCAAACAGCCAAAACAAUGUAUCUGAGCACCACACUCACCUCAUAUCAUCAUCAAGGAAGGGCUCUUCCCAACCUGCGAUGCUUCUCCCUUGACUUCGCCAUCGAGGUUUCCUCCCCGAGAUUUGUAUUUCAUCGGGAUCUGAGACUAGAGUCUUCUUCGUCACGUAUCACCCUCCAUCUUCAUUUUUGUAAGCACGUCCAGCUUCAAUCUCAAUGGACCUGUACACCAUACGCCUACGACAUUUCCCACGAGAUUAGCUAAACACCAGGACCAACCCCAUCAUCUGCCAGAAGUUUUCCUGCCUAAGGUCUCUGCGCUACGCAUUGGAUAACAUCCACUCUCUGCCUUAUGGUUGUGCUUCCAACCUGGCUUUCCUAAGCAGAACAAUCAUCUCGUCCCUGCAAACCUUACCAGUGUCAACAGUACCAUUCCACUUCCACGCCUAUAGACCUCAAAGGGAUCGAAAGAUGCUGCGAGCUUCUUCCCAUUCCUCGUGGCUGAUCGGUUGGAGCCCAACAUCAACAACCGCACAUCACCAGGAUACAGCACCCCCACCACGCCGCUUCCAAUCCAUUACCUCUGCUUGCUCGAGACAGGAUUCCCUCCAACACAUUUAUCUUCCACACCUCCCACCAUACCUCAUUUCCAUCGUCCUCGGGGUUGGGUGUUCGCGUGGGCUUGGGCUCCAGGCACAUCCGUACGACAUCGUCAUCAAACCAACACUUGAAGCUGAAAAGAGUGUCAAAAUGGAGACUUAUUGUGGUGUUGAAGGGUCUUG